CAGUUCCUCAGGUCUCGUGGCGGCCGUGUGUGCGCGCGUCCGAGAUUACGAGUUAGCAAUAAUACAAAGUAAUAUGAAAUAAUCGAUUAAAGAUCAAUAAAGGUUUAUUUGUCAGACUAGUUUGAAAUUGGUCGAAGCAAGCCAGGAGCGGAGUUCUAAGAAUGUCGGACAGUGAGGAGAGCGACUUCUCGGACAACGCCAGCGGCGGCAGCAGUGAUGGAGAGGCUGAAGAAGUAGGACAUGAGGAGGAGGCAACGAGUCCUCAGGGGAGCGACAAGGUAGCAGAAGAGGAGGGUGAGGAUCUGGAGGAGGAAGACGAGUAUGACGAAGAGGAGGAAGAGGAUGAUGACGACCGACCCAGGAAGAAACCAAGACAUGGGGGAUUUAUUCUGGACGAAGCCGAUGUUGAUGAUGAGUAUGAGGAUGAAGAUCCUUGGGAGGAGGGAGCCGAAGAUAUUUUGGAAAAAGAGGAGGCUGAAGUGUCCAACAUCGACCAUGCUGUGCUUGAAGACGACCACUCUGGCUCCAGGAGGCUGCAGAACCUCUGGAGGGACUCCCGGGAGGAGGCCCUUGGUGAAUACUACAUGAGGAAAUACGCCAAGUCUGCAGGAGGGGAGCACCACUCCGGAGGAUCUGAGGAGCUGUCUGAUGACAUCACCCAGCAGCAGCUACUUCCUGGAGUCAAGGAUCCUAAUCUCUGGACAGUCAAGUGCAAGAUUGGAGAGGAGAGGGCGACGGCAAUUGCUCUGAUGAGGAAGUUCAUCGCCUACCAGUUUACUGACACACCCCUCCAGAUAAAGUCUGUUGUAGCCCCAGAGCACGUGAAGGGGUACAUCUAUGUGGAGUCGUACAAACAGACCCAUGUGAAGGCAGCCAUCGAGGGGGUGGGGAACCUGCGCAUGGGCUUCUGGAACCAGCAGAUGGUUCCUAUCAAGGAGAUGACUGAUGUCCUGAAGGUGGUGAAGGAAGUGACCAACCUCAAGCCCAAGUCCUGGGUCCGUCUGAAGAGAGGGCUCUACAAGGACGAUAUAGCCCAGGUGGACUAUGUGGAGCCCAGUCAGAACACCAUCUCUCUCAAGAUGAUUCCUAGAAUAGACCUGGACCGCAUCAAAGCCAAGAUGAGCCUGAAAGACUGGUUUGCAAAGAGAAAGAAGUUCAAGAGACCGGCUCAGAGGCUAUUUGACGCAGAGAAGAUCAGGUCCCUGGGCGGGGAGGUCAGCCAUGACGGAGACUUCAUGAUCUUUGAGGCCAAUCGUUACAGCCGGAAAGGAUUCCUCUUCAAGAGCUUUGCGAUGUCAGCAGUGAUCACAGAUGGUGUCAAGCCCACUCUGUCAGAGCUAGAGAAGUUUGAGGACCAACCUGAAGGAAUCGACCUGGAGGUGGUCACCGAGUCAGGUAAGGAGCGUGAACACAACCUCCAGGCAGGGGACAACGUGGAGGUGUGUGAGGGAGAGCUGAUAAACCUCCAGGGGAAGAUCCUGAGUGUGGAUGGAAAUAAGAUCACCAUCAUGCCCAAACACGAGGACCUCAAGGACCCCUUGGAGUUCCCCGCCCAUGAACUGAGGAAAUACUUCCGAAUGGGUGACCACGUGAAGGUGAUCGCUGGCCGCUAUGAGGGAGACACGGGCCUCAUCGUCCGAGUGGAAGAAAACUUUGUCAUCCUGUUCUCCGACCUCACCAUGCACGAGCUGAAGGUGUUGCCCAGGGACCUCCAGCUGUGCUCGGAGACGGCCUCCGGGGUGGACGCGGGGGGGCAGCACGAGUGGGGGGAACUGGUCCAGCUUGACCCCCAGACGGUGGGGGUGAUCGUCCGACUGGAGAGGGAGACAUUCCAGGUUCUCAACAUGCAUGGGAAGGUUAUGACGGUGCGCCAUCAAGCGGUCAAUCGGCGGAAAGACAACCGCUUCGCCGUGGCUCUGGACUCGGAGCAGAACAACAUCCACGUCAAGGACAUCGUCAAGGUCAUCGACGGACCCCACUCUGGCCGUGAGGGGGAGAUUCGCCACCUGUUCCGAGGUUUUGCCUUCCUUCACUGCAAGAAGCUGGUGGAGAAUGGAGGGAUGUUCGUCUGCAAGACCCGACACCUCGUGCUGGCUGGAGGCUCCAAGCCCAGAGACGUCACCAACUUCACGGUGGGGGGUUUUGCCCCGAUGAGCCCCCGCAUCAGCUCCCCCAUGCACCACGGGGGGGGAGGAGCCCAGCAACAGAGAGGCGGAGGAGGAGGAGGAGGAGCGGGGGGGGGAGGAGGUGGAAUGGGGCGUGGCCGAGGCAGGAGAGACAACGAUCUGAUUGGACAGACUGUUCGGAUCUCACAAGGACCUUACAAAGGUUACAUCGGUGUGGUCAAGGAUGCCACCGAGUCCACAGCCAGGGUGGAGCUGCACUCCACCUGUCAGACCAUCUCCGUCGACCGCCAGCGUCUCACCACCAUGGGCGCCAAGAGGAGCAGUGGACAGACGUCGACCCACGGUCGCACCCCUAUGUUCGGCUCCCAGACACCCAUGUACGGGACGGGCUCCCGGACGCCCAUGUACGGCUCGCAGACACCACUGCACGACGGGAGCCGCACGCCCCACUAUGGCUCACAGACCCCGCUGCAUGAUGGGAGUCGAACGCCUGGACAGAGUGGCGCAUGGGACCCCAACAACCCCAACACCCCCUCGCGGAACGAGGAUGACUUUGACUUCGGCUACGGAGACGAGCCUUCGCCGUCCCCUCAGGGCUACGGUGGGACCCCCAACCCCCAGACCCCGGGAUACCCCGAGGUCCCCUCCCCGCAGGUCAACCCCCAGUACAACCCCCAGACCCCAGGGACCCCAGCCAUGUACAACACCGAGCAGUACUCGCCCUACGCAGCCCCCUCCCCGCAGGGCUCCUACCAGCCGAGCCCCUCCCCGCAGAGCUACCACCAGGUGGCGCCCUCCCCGGUGGGCUACCAGAACACCCACUCCCCCGCCAGCUACCACCCCACACCCUCACCCAUGGCCUAUCAGGCUAGCCCGAGCCCCAGCCCGGUAGGCUACAGCCCCAUGACCCCGGGGGCCCCUUCCCCAGGGGCCUACAACCCCCACACCCCCGGGUCCAACAUCGAGCAGGGGGGCGGUGACUGGGUGACCCCCGACAUCCUGGUCCGGGUCAAGGACUCCUUGUUGGACCUGGUGGGACAGCAGGGAGUGGUUCGCAGUGUUACGGGAGGGAUGUGUUCAGUAUUUAUUCAGGAGACUGAGAAAGUGGUCAGCAUCAGCAGUGAGCACCUGGAGCCUGUCACCCCCACCAAGAACAACAAGGUGAAGGUGAUUCUGGGGGAGGACCGCGAGGCGACGGGGGUUCUGCUGAGUAUCGACGGAGACGACGGCAUCGUCCGCAUGGAGCUGGACGGACAGCUGAAGAUCCUCAACCUCCGUUUCCUGGGACGCCUGGACCACUGA